AUGUCUCAACAAAUUAAAGCUAUUAUUGUUCACGAGCCUUUCGGCGAAUUCAAAUUCGGUUAUGUCGAUAAACCAACUCCGAAACCCAACGAAUUACUAGUCAGAAACAAGGCUGUUGCAAUCAAUCCAGUUGAUUGGAAAAUGCAAAAAUAUAAUGUCUUGGUUGAAGGCUACCCGAUUGUGCUUGGUUGCGAUGGAGCUGGAGUUGUUGAAUCUGUUGGUUCGGAAGUUACUAAAUUUAAACCGGGAGAUGCAAUAUUCACAUAUCCUAGAUUGGGAGAAAGAAAUGGAUAUGGAACUUUUGCCGAGUAUACAUUGUAUGACGAAAAUUUAGCGUUUAAAAAACCCGAAAACCUUUCAUUUGAAGAAGCUUCUACUAUUUCUGUUGGCUUACUUACAGCAGCCCAUGGGCUGUAUCUUGGACUAAAAUUGCCUCUUCCUUCCAAACAGCAUAAAUAUGCGGAGCCUGAAUAUAUAUUGAUCUGGGGAGGUGCUAGUUCAGUUGGCGCAUAUGCCGUCCAACUCGCUCGUUUAUCAGGUUUAACGGUAAUUGCAACAGCUUCCGCACGUAAUACUGAAUAUCUUAAAUCGCUUGGCGCAGAGCACGUCAUCGAUUAUAAAAGCCCCAAUGCUGUCUCUCAAAUCCAAGCCCUAACAAAAAAUAAACUCAAAUAUGCAUUUGAUGUCAUCUCUCCAGAAACUGCCACACUUGCCACAGAAACUUUAUCUGAUGGAGGAAAAAUAGCUUGGACUGCAGGUGAACCUAAAUUAAAAAGCGAUAAGGUUGAAGCUAUUCAAGUCGAGUUAGGCACGGUUUACAAAGUUCCAGAUCUGUAUAAAGCUACUAUAGAUCUAAAAGAAGAACUUGAACCGCUGAUUCAUAAUGGCUCGAUCAAGAAUAAUACUGUUCAAUUGGUUUCUGGAGGUUUGGAAACUGGUGUUCUUGAAGCUUUGAAGCUUAAUGAAAAAGGUGUUAGUGGUAAAAAGUUAGUUGCCGAAAAUAAGGCGUUGUACGCCUUACUUGGAACUACUGUUAAAUUUAUCAUAAGAGAAGGCUACAAAGAUUAUCGUGACUGGAAACGCCAAAGUGUAUCCAAUGCUAAAGAAAAAUC